AUGAAGACAUCAACACUUUCGCUCAUCGCGUGCUCACUGGCGGUGCUUACCACGGCCGCCGCCGCGGACAAUGUCAAGCCUCUCCUCCCGCGGCACAACAAGCUCGAUGCCAGCAGCGGCGCCGUAUUAGCAGGGAUCGUGGCAGACAGCACCCACAUCAUCCACAACACGGCGAUGAUGACGGCGACGGGGUCCGAGUACUACGCUGCUGCGGUGGCGUCGACGCUGCUUCUCGCGGGGAGCACGCCGCCGCCAACAACCAGUGAGAAGACGCACGCCGAGACGACAUCCUCCGCGGGGGCCAGUCAUGGUGGUAGCAGUAGUGGUGGCAGCGCGGGCACGGGCACGAUGGGGCAUGCGACAAGCAUCUCGGGCGCUACUACUACUGCGGCGUCGAUGACUGCGACGACCAGGAAGGCCACUACAGGCAGUGAGGGCACCGCGGCGGCUACGACGACGGUGCCCACUGGUGUUGUGCAUGCUGGUGCUUCGAUCGACAGCGCCAUCUCGGCCGAGAUGGAGGCCAUCCGCAGCUUUGUCGGCCAGUUCCUCACCCCGCUGCAGGGGCUCGCCGACGCGGUAAAGAUCGCGGGUAAUCGCGGUAACCUGCAGGCUGUUGCCUUCGGCACGGUCCUUGCCCAGCUGCUGCCCAUCAUCCAGACUCUGGUCGGCGCUAUCUAG